UUAUGUUUCAUAUAUGAUAUUCUAGAAAUGGCAUUAAUUUUAUAAUUUUUAUUUUAUCCUUAUCUUUCUUUUAUUAUUUGCCUUUUUGUCUAUAUUUGUUUCAUCUAAUUAUAAUGUUACAUAUGAAUUAUUAUAUUGAAUUGAAUAUAUUGAAUUAACUAAACAAACUUCUUAAUAUGGAUUAAUCGAUUAACUUAUCGAAAUAUUAUUAUCUACAUAAUUAUCGAUAUUCGCCUUUGGCGGAUGAAACGAUAAUAAUUUUUAAGAUUAACAAAAAAUUAUAAAUAGAUAAUAGAUAUAUUCAAAGUUAUUAAGAAAAAUUCAUUGACGAAGAAUUUUUCUCUUUUUUUUGCAAUUUUUAUGACUACAUCAUUGACAUUAUUAUUUCACCUAUGCCAUCUAUAUUAUAUUUAGCAAUUGCGGUUAUUAAAUAGUGACUCCAUUACUGAAUCAAGAUCGACUCUCUUACUAUCAAUUCAUCCUUAAAUUUUUUUUAAAUUUUUCAAUCUGAUUUCUGAUGGUGUGAUCAAAAAUGCUUUAAUUGCAUUUUGCAUUUUAUAAUGCAUCUAAAAAACGCUUUAAAUUAAAACUUUUGAUAUAUUUUCAAUUAAUAUUUAAUGUGGCCUUCGUCAUUGUAUAUUGUUAUAUUUAUACGUUUUAACGUUUAAUUACUAAAUUUCAUAUAUUGACAAAUUUAUGUUCACGUAAAAGUUUAGUUUCAAAAAUUUAAUAUGUUGAAAGAAACUGUAAGCAGUUGGACAAUCGGAUUAUAUUCAUUUGCUGAGAUUUCACAAUUUACUCCAAUGGUUUCGAAUUUGUGGGAUAAAGAAACAUUUAAUAUAGCAUAUGUACAUGGCACAAAAAUAAAAAAAUCCGAUAUAUUAGUUGGAUAUUUAAUUAUAUUUUGGAUUAUUUUAUAUUUUAUAUAUGAAAAGUGCCUUAAUUCGUUACUUCGACAAAUGCGCAUUCCAUUGAUGCAAAGAAAUAGAAUAAUCAAAGCUAUAUGGAAUUGUGGAUUUUGCUUUGGUAGCAUUUGUUACCUAAAAUCAUCUUCGAUUAAAACAUUAAAUUUGUUCCCUGAAGAACGAAUAACACAUGAAGAAUUGGGUGUUAUUUUACAUAAAAGCUUUUACUUUCAUCAAGCAGGAUUAGAGAUUUUAUGUCAUGGAACUUGGAUAAAAGGCUGGGCCAAUUUAUUAUUUGCAUCUUUUGUCAUAAAUCCAUAUCAAGAAAAAUGGUGUACAGUAGUGAGUACGUUUCUAUUUUACAAAGCAGUUGAUACUAUUAUAAUAAAUAUUUGUCGAAUCUUAUUAUGUAUAUUUCAUUUUACUGGAAGAAAGUUAUCUAAAUUAUUCUUCUGCUUUCAUUGUCUUAAUUGGAUAUAUUUAUAUGUAUUAUUUGUACCAAAAUUGAUGUUAUGGUCAGGAUAUAUAGAACAGACAAGAGCUCAGUUUAGUUUAUGGCUAUGGUUUAUAACAGAAUGUCUAGAUUCUGUAUGGAUCAAACUUUUAGGAUGUGCAAAAGCUACUCAUUGGUUAGAAAUUUGUUUAUUUCCCUCACCAACACAAGAAGCAAUUGAAUUAGCAGGAAUACAAAAACGACAUAGAGAUUCCUUAAAGAAAUUAGUUAACAAAACAUCAAAAAAAACUGAACUCUGGCAAACACUAUUUUGUGCUGUGGCUAUUAAAAAAAAGAUCAAAAGAAUUCGUCAAGCAAAGCAAAAUGAUUGUAUAUCAAUAUCUGAUGUUACAGAAAAAAAAUUAAUUCAGAUAGAGAAAAAAAACGAGAUAAAUGAACAACAAAAAAAUGAAUUUAAGGAGCAUAACAUAGAGUAUAAAAUCGAAAACGAAUAAUAUAAAUUUAAAUCAAAUUUACAAACUUUAUUAAAAUUAAUUAUGAAAAAAAUUUAAAUAAAAAAUAUUAAAGAAUUAAAAGAAAAAAAUAAAAUGCUCAAACUCUUAUAAUUUUUCAUUAAAUCAAGUUUAUUUAAAAAUUUUAUACAAAUAUCUAUUUAUACAUAUAAAUAUAUCCAUAUACUUUUUUUUUUACCUUUUUCUAGAAAUUUUUGUUAUUUAUUUAUUUAUUAAAUUCAUUAUAAAUAUGAUAAAUGUGAAAUUAAUAAUGUUAUUUUUAUAUAUUAUGUCUUCUUUUAAAAUUUUAUGCAAUUAACCAAAUAUUUUAAUGCUAGCAAUAUUUGCAAAAUAUGCAAAUAAAGAUGUAAUAUAAAGAUGAAUAUUUAAAAACAAUAUUUCAUACUUAUUAAAUGUUUAUUUAACAAAUCCUCGAUUUAGAAAUGAUAAUGAUGAAAUGUCUUUUAAAAUUAUUUAUUAUUUAUUUUUUAAAUAUUAAGCUGCAGAAAUAAAAUCUACAAAAAGUAAUAUUUUUAAUAAUGAUAAUUUUAAUACUGAUUAUACAAAAUAAUAUUGUCUUUACUUUUAUGAAAUGUGAAUUUUACAGUAUAGUAUUAUAUAUAAAAGAAACUUACGAUUGCAAAACAAAUUAAAUUUUAAUAUUAUAUUUAGCAUAAAGUAAAUAUUUAAAAUAAUAUUUUGUUGUUUUUUUUUUAAAUCAAAAAAAAAAUGUAUAAUUUUUACAUAUAUAGAUUUAAAUAAUAGAAAAUUGAUAAAAAUUUGGGAAGUAAAAAAUUUUCAACUUGAUAUUUAUAUACAAAAUAUAAAAUUUAUUAUUGUUUAGCUUAUUAUUUCUUUAAUUAGAAAAUAGAAAAUAAUAAUCAUUGUUUAUACAAUUUUUAUUUAAAAUUAAAAUUGUAAAAUAAAGAAUUAAAAAAAAAUUAUUAAAUAUAUGUUUAAAACAAAUUGCAAUAAGUUAAAUAUAUAAUCUAAAUAAAAUUGUAUGUAUUCAUGCUAAUAUUUUACUAUAUAAUUUUACUAAAGAAAAAUUAAACAAAUGACACAUUGUUCCUAGAUAUAUAAAGUUUUAUUUCUGAUCAUUUUGGACUGUGUCAAUAAAAUAUAGUACAUGUAUUUAGGCUGAAUUGUUCCACGAUGUUAUACAAUUUAAUGAAAAAUAUUAUAAACGAAUGUUUGAAUAAAAUCCUAUUCAGUAUGGCAGCAGCAUCAUAUGCCUCGUUAAUAUCAAUUUCUAAAAAUUGUUAAAAUAUUUAGUUUAGAAACUUAUACAUAAAAUGUUGUAUUAUACAAAUGCAUAAUACAUUCUUUUUUUUUUGACUUGACAACAAUUAAUGAUAAAAUAAUUCAAGCGAUCUUAUUUUUAUAUCAAUGUCUGAUGAGAAAUAUCAUAGUUUCUAUGUUUUUGUAAAUGUGUAAAUAUAUCUUUGUUAAUGUAAUAAAAGAAUUAUAAUUUUGUUUGCAAAUAGAUAUUAGAUAAGAUGACUCAAAUUAAGUGUCACAUGAAAUAGCUACUAAUUAUAACAUGAUAUUUUAUUUAGAAUCUAAGGUCACUUAUAUAUAAAUAAUGGUAUAUUAUUCAAGUCAAAAAUUCAGAAAGAUAUAAAUUGUAAGAAUUUUGACAUUAUUAUUUGAUACUUUAUUUACAAGAUAUUUUCAAAGUUACAUUCUUAAUUUCUUAAACACAUUAUUUCUCUUAUUUUCUCUUAUGACCUUAGAUUGUUUAAAAAUAAUUUUUUUGGAUUUAUUAAAUUUUCUUUUAUAAAAUAAAGUUAUGAGAUUCUACUAAAAAAAGUACAAAAAAUGUAAAAAAGUAAAAAACUAAAUUUAUACCUUUUUAUAACUGCUUCAUUUGACACUUAUCUUGAAAUAUCUCAAUGCAUUGUAACAUUAUAUUAUUGUAACAUUUCAAGAAAUAUUUACAAAAAAUAUUUUUUGAAAAAAAUUAUAUAAAUAUUUAAUUCUUUGAACAAUAAUGUAUCUAAAUAAUCUCGUUUGUGAUUAAAAAUCAUGUUCGUCGCAUUUUUUAAAGUUCAUUCAAACAAUGUAUAUCUUAUUGUAUUAACAAAUGAAAAUCACAUAUAAAGUGAAAAUGCAUAAUCGAAUCGAUGAUAAAAUAUUUAACCAUAGGUUGAUUAAUUAUGCCUUAUGCAUAAUCCGAUGAGUAAAACUACAUUUAAUAUAGCAACACUUCUCUCCCUGAAUGCGUUGUGAGUCCGAGUGCUGAAUAAGGCCAUUUCAUGUGAAUGACGACCGUUAAAAGUUCAACACACCAUUUAUAAAAUCUUUUCCUCUAUUGGAACAACAUUUUCAAUCUCGUAAAUGAAGACAAACUCUGCUUAAUUUACGUAAGUUUUAUAAUCGAGCUUAUAGACACACUCACAAAAUAUCUUGCCAUAUUACUUUUAUCGUGUGUGGUAAUGAUUAUUUAUAAUAUUUAUAUAUAUAUAUAUAUACACAUAAUGUAUACAUAUAUAUACAUAUACACCUACAUAUAUAUAUAUAUAUACAUAUACACACACAUAUACAUAUAUAUAAUUAAAUUGUUUGUAACUUACGUUGAGUAACUAUCACUGCGCUUAUUUCCUCGUAAUAACAUAUAAUCAGUUUCUCUUUUCUUUUUUUUUCUACUUUUUAUUUUUAUUUUUUUUUUUUUGUUUCAUUAUUAUUCUUCAUUCACACAGAUAUCUUUCACGCACUCUCUCAAACGACAAAAAAUUAAAAUAAAAAAAUAUUAAUAAACAUAAGAUCCAUAUGUAAAAUCCAUAUUAAUGUCAUGACCACGCCAGCCAGCGAUAAUUUUAAUUUUUUUUAUUUCCUUGAAAUUGUUUUCUUCUUAUCUUCACCGUUUUUGAAAGAAAUGUUUUAUUAUAAAUCACAAUAAUGAUAAAAUUUACUGGAUGAAUUUAUAUUAUUGAAUAAUUCAUUGAUUAGAUUUCUUCGGAGUAGUGCAUACAAAAUUGUCAAAAUGUUUUUCCUUUUCAAUGUAUUCUUGUUGACUACUGGCAGGCAUUAGUGGUUCGUCGUGAUACAGACGAUAAGCCGAAUGGUAGGACUAAGUUAAAAAAUCUACGAUCAGCGAUCAAAAAAGAAUUUUUGUCGAAAGAAUUUUUAAGCUUCACUCUUAAGACAUAAAAUUCUGGAUAUUCUUCAUAUAUACUUAAUUAACAAUAAUUUUACCAAUCAGGCUCUACUUAUUUUCUUGUUUUUAUAAUUUUUUUUAUUUUAUUUUUUGCAAGUUUAUUGGGCUGGAACAACAGUAAAUCGCAAACAUAUGACUGUUGCUCAUCAAAAGUAAGUCAUUAAUUUCGUAGUUUAGGAAGACAGUAAAUUAUUCAGAACGCGAUUGCAAUAAUAAACAGUUGCAACGUUUUCAUUUUUCUUCGUGCAUUUCAUCUUGUUUUCUUGUCCCUUCAUGCACGCCAUGUUAAUAUGUGUAAUAAACAUUUCACAGUUCGUCGGUGGUCUGGAACGAACGUAAUUACGAAAGUGUAUCUUAUUACAAACAUAUUACGUAUUAUGAGCAAUAAAAGUUGAGUCAGUGAAACUUUCUUAGGCCCAACACUUCUUUUUUUCUUAUUUCUUUUCUUAUCGCCACUUUGCGCGCUUUAUAUGGAUGCAAAUAUUUAGAAUUUACAACUUCACACCUAGAGAGACACGCGAUUUCAUUCUCUAUUCUUUUCCUUGUUUUUUUUUAUUUUGUGAAAAUAUGGCCCCAUUGUUACAGGCUCGAUGUAAACUUUAGAAAUUGUUCUCUUCCUUCCUGAGUCUGCAACAGGCUUUAUCGAAUUCCAUGCCAUAUACAUGUCAAUGAUUGUGAUCCUUUUUAUAUAAUUUUUAUAAUUGCUUUAAUUUAUCGUUGAUCUUUAUUUUAAAGCUCAUUUCAAUUUGAAACUACAUUGUGUAAAAUAUAACACUUCGGUCCCAUGUUUUUUUAUAAUUUUUGUUCUUCGUAUUUAAUAACAUAUGAGAACACUUUAAUGCGAUAUAAUUACAAAAUAGUGUUCUUUGAGAUUUUUUUUUCAAGUUAAUGGAACAUUAGUGUUACUUUAAACAUUUAUAAACAACAAAUAAAUAUUACAUUUUUAGUUUUUUAUAUCUAUUAUUUAAUUCAAUCACCCUUGAAAUAGUAACAUCUAAUAUAAUAUGUUUAUCGAUUUAUUUUUUUAAAGAAUCACAACUAUACCGUGAAUGCAACUGGCAUAAAAUCGAACCUUCUUUAAGUCUCUCCGUAUUAAUUCUAUAUUGUGUACAUAUUUUGACAACCUGAUCAUUCUAUCUUUCGUUCGUUUUGUAAUAUUAACAAUAAAAUCACGAGUCAAAAGUCGUUUGCUUUCAACUUUUAUGCAGAAACAUAUUUCUUGACCAUUACAAUUCGAAUUUUAAUCUUUUAUGUGAAAACAAAAGAAAUAUAUCAUAAUUAUUUAGAAAUAUGAUUUUCAAAGAUUGCAAUCAAGGUCAAAAAAUAUGUUUAAUUACAUUUAUUCCAGUUCCGUUUCAUCUAAUUUUCAUUCAUUUUUGUUAGUUUUAUUCCUAUGUAUGACCGCUUGUGUGCGUAUGCUUUGAGAAUCCUCGCCUCGAGCGGGCAAACAGCAGUUAAUUGGCCAUUAGUCAUAUAAUUCACGCGAAAAGUCGAAGACUCACCGAGGCUUCAGUCUUUCAGUCGUUUAUACCAGGGACGUAAAACCUCUAUUUCAAUAGUAUUCGCAAGAAUAUUAGAAUUUCUUAAAUUUGAAUAAAAUCUAAAAAUAUUUGGACACAUCUACUAAUGUCUAUUCCAAUGUAUAUUUAUCAUUCUUGUAUUACAAAUCAAUCAAUUUAAAAAAAAGAAUUGUAAUUCUUAUGAGAAUCAAAUAACUGACUUUAAUAUCCGAUACCAAUAAUGAAUCGAGAUUAAAGCGAUAGAAGUAGAAGUAUCUUUAAUAGUAUUAGAAAUACUUUAACGUAUCAGCCGUUUCGGAUCUAGCAAAAUGACGAUCAGUGUAAGUCAUCAAUGUCAAUUAACGCUAACAGACUUUCUGUACAAUUUAUAAAUACUAUCAAAAUGAUUGAUAGUAUAUGGGUAUUCUUUAUAGAGUCCCUGGUCAACGUGAACGCAUUUCGUAUUUGUUCUUACGUGUUGCGUAAUACAUUGUGUGUGUGUGUGUGUGUAUAUAUAUAUAUAUAUACACACACACAUAUAUGUAUGUAUGUAUAUGUAUGUAGUAUAUGUGUAUAAACGCAUGUAUGUGUAUGUGAGCAUGCGUUGUACGUGAAGAAUAACGAAAUUGAACAAUUGUUUUUCAGAGGCUCGUAACGAUGUGUGGCUUGGCAGUGGUGGAAGCGAUCUCGGACAGUCGUACGUCAAUGGGAAUGCGAUCGUCGUAAAGCGUUGGUGCCUGCAGGAUGAUUCCUGCCGUACCGACGACUACGGCUAAUGUAAAAAUCCAGAGGAAUAGCCUGUCAAGCACCAUCGCGACAUAUUUCCAAUCUUCCUUGACCUAAAAAAUUAAAUAUAAUUAAAUUGAUGAAAUAAAUAAUUUCAAGAUUAUUAUAUUACAUUAUAAUUAAUUAAGAAAACUUUUAAAUAAUUUAUUCUUUAUUUUAAGCAUAUUAUUUUAUUUUGCAAAAUCAAAAAUAAAAUAAAGAUUCGCAUACUCUGGUA